AUGUCCCUUUUACUUAUGAAGAAUGAAACUGAAAAGUUUGUUAAUGAAGGGAAUGAAAUAUUUGAAAUUGAGGAUGAUGAACUUUUGGUAGAAUUUGAUAAUGUGAGAAUAAUGGAUGAGGUGAACACAUUAGAUGAUGAAUUGUUAGGAGAAGAUGGUCCUAUUGUGCCUAAGGUUGGGAUGAAGUUCAAAGAUAAGAAUGCAGUAUUGGGUUUUUACAAAUCAUAUGCUUAUGAUAUAGGCUUUCCAGUUAGGAAAAUGAAUUCAAAAAAGGGUGAUGAUGGGGUUGUAAAGUAUGUGACAUUCACGUGUAGUCGAGAGGGUCAAAGAAGUAGGACUGCAAGCACUUCUUUGAAGCCUCAACCAACGACUCAAACAGGGUGUAAAGCUAGGUUGCCAUCAUGUUUAGAGACUUGUGGGUUGUGGCAGAUUAACUCUGUCAUUCUUAAACAUAAUCAUUUAAUAAGUCCUUCGAAAUCUAGGUUGUAUCGAUGUAAUCGGGAACUUAGUGCACAUGUGAAACACAGACUUGAAGUAAAUGAUGUUACUGAGAUUUCAUUGUAUAAAAGUUUUAAUUCAAUAGUUGUUGAGGCAAGGGGAUAUGAGCAGAUGACUUGUGUGGAAAAAGAUUGUAGAAACUACAUUGAAAAAGUUAGGCGGUUAAGAAUCGGGGAAGGAGAUGCUGUUGUAAUACAGGCAUACUUCUCGAGAAUGCAAAUUCAAUGCCCUAGUUUUUAUUUUAGUAUUGAUUUGGAUGAGGAGGCUUGA